AUGAAAGAAAGAGAUGAAAUGGUGAAGGCAGCAGAGGAUCAAGUAGGCCUUGGGAUUGAUUCAAUAAUGCUGCUAGAAGAAGGAUUUGAGGUCACUUCAGUAGACGCAUCGGACAAGAUGCUCAAGUACGCACUUCGGGGUCGCUGGAAUUGCAGAAAGGAGCCAGCUUUUGACAAGUGGGUAAUCGAGGAAGCCAAUUGGCUGACCCUCGCCGAUGAUAUAGCUGACCUUGUCGGAGAUGGCUUCGAUGCAGUGAUCUGCCUCGGAAAUUCAUUUGCGCAUCUGCCCGAUGUCACAGGAGACCAGAGAGACCAAAAGAAGGCUCUGGAAAAUUUCAAGAAAUGUGUAAAACGUGGAGGAUUGCUUCUCAUUGAUCAUCGGAACUAUGACGACAUUCUGGAGACUGGGAAAACUCCGAAGCACUGUCUGUACUACAAUAGUAAGAGGACAACAGAAAUUGUAACUUCCGUGCUGUACGUGGAAGCGAAGCCAACUGUAGUUACUCUGGACUACCUGCUCGACAUGUCUGACGAAAAAGAGAAGACUGUGCAAAAUGGAGUAACUCCUGAUGACACAAUUGCUAGGUUCCGUCUCUCGUACUACCCGCACAGAUUGGAGGUAUUUAAGAGGAUGCUGCAGGAUGUCUUUGGAACGAAGUCUGAACACACACUGUAUGGUGACUUUAAACAGCUUCACGAGAUUGACAACCCUGCGUUUUAUAUUCACGUCAUACAGAAAGCCUUCAUCUGAGCUACUAACUGUGUUGUUAUAUUAUGUGAUACUUUCUAAAUGCCUAAAAAUGAGUGGUACUGUGAAAUUGAAAAACAAAACAAAAAUAUAUGGGCACAAAAGAAUCUGGAAUGAAAUAGCAGCAGUAUGAAAAGGAUAGAUUGCUGCUCGCCGCAUAGAAGAGGCAUUGAAGCACAUUUAAAUGAGACUAUUAGAUACUAUCUGCUAUCAGACUAAGGCCAUUGUCAGACUCACACAAAAUGGAACAUGUGAGCGCAUGCCCGCGCGUGCCCACACACACACACACACACGCACACACACACACACACACACACACACACACACGCGGCCACAUUCAUCUCCGCGCACUAAGGCCAGACUGCAACUCCAUCUGAGGUGAAUGGCAAUCUUUGCCAGAAUGGGUAGUGGAAAUUGGGGACUAGCGAGGGUUAAGGCCAGGGGGAUUCCAGGUAAUGAAGUAUACAUUAUAGGAAGGGUUCCUACCCAGGCACUUCCAAAAAGCUGUUGUCGGAGGGCAGAAUGUGUAUGGCACAGGUAGUCAAAGUCUAGUGCACCAUGUCGGGUAGCACACUCGACCACAGUUAGGUGAUGGCCAGACAGAUCAUCAAUUGUCGUGCUAGUGUAGCUUUCGCAAGUGGGGUGGGAGAUGUGUGUGAGACAACUGGAGUUGGUGAUAGUGGGAGGUUGUAUGUAUAAACUGUUUGUGAUUUGUUUUGUCUGUAUCUGAUGAAGAGCUUAGUCUGAGAGCUGACAACGUCUGGCAACCUUUUCUCAGUGUGUCUGUGUGCCACUCUGUACAGUGCACAGCAAUCUGUCCUUUUCGUAUUAUUGAGCUGCAAAAAUGGAGAUAAAUGAGGAAAAUAGGGAAACAAAGGACAACAGAAGAUGUAAGUUGGUGUUAAUAUUUAGCUGAAAGGAAGAGGCAGAACGUGACCUGUGUGAAUGUGGUCUGAGAUAAAGCCAUUCAGGGAUAGUGUUGGGAGAAAUUGUAAGAGAUCUAAAUGAAACAACUGGAGUACAAGGAUUUAGAUAUGUAGUCAAUCAGAGAGGAGUGUAACUUCAGUAAAUAUGGACUGGUUAUAAUAGGUGUCAGAAAGGAAGGUAAAGUGUGAGAAAUAAUGUAGUACAGAUAAAAUCUGGUCUAGAUUAUAAAAAUAGAGACUGAAAGACAAUGAUGCAUUGGUGAAUGGACUGAGUAUGGCAGACACGGUAGUUGAGAUCUGGGAGCUGCGGGAGCACGUUAUGCUGAAAUUGUGGCAGUCUGUAGCAAGGGAAGUGAAAUUGGCAGCUGUAUCU